UACACUCAUCCAACGAUGCACUCAUCUCCUCUCUAUAUAAUAGUAGUGGUUUACCACUCUCAACAAACUAAAAAUCUCAGAAAGAAAAAAUGGCGGAGAAGGUGAUUCUACUAGAUUUGUUCGCUAGCAUGUUCGGAAUGAGGGCUCGGGUGGCGCUAGCCGCAAAAGGGGUGCAAUACGAGUACAGAGAGGAGGACUUGCGCAACAAAAGCCAGCUUCUUCUUCAAUCAAACCCCGUUCACAAGAAAAUUCCCGUUUUGAUUCAUAAUGAUAAACCCGUUUGCGAAUCGCUCGUCAUUGUUGAGUACAUCGACGAGGUUUGGAACCAAAAAUACCCUCUUUUGCCCUCUCAUCCUUACCAGAGAGCUCAAGCUAGGUUCUGGGCUGAUUACAUAGACAAAAAGCUAUAUGCUGUUGGAAGGAUGGUGUGGACUAAGAGUGGGGAAGAGUUAGAAGCGGCAAAGAAGGAAUUCGUUGAGAUUCUGAAGCAAUUGGAAUCGGAGCUUGGAGACAAGGCCUUCUUCGGUGGCGAGAGCUUCGGGUUUUUGGAUGUUGCGUUGGUCACAUAUUCGACGUGGUUCCACACCUACGAAACGUGCGGUGGUUUAAGCAUAGGAGAGCAUUGCCCCAAGCUCAGUGAGUGGGUCAAGAGGUGUUUGGAGAUUGAUUUUGUGUCGGAAUCCUUGCCCGAUCCGGCUAAGAUUUACGACUUUGCUUUAAUGCUAAGGAAGGUGUUUGGCAUCGAUGCCUCCUAAUUUUACUACUAUGUCUCGUGUUUUCGAUAAUAAAACCACCUAUUUCUCUCUUUCUAUAUUGGUGGUUGAGAAAUUUAAUUGUUGAUGUUGAUGCCGAGGUGCAUCACCACAUGUAUCCUUAUCUCUUGAAAUAAUUAAUGUGUAGCGCACAGAUUUGAGAUUUUUUA